AUAUAUGUCAUAUGUCUAUGGUUUAUCGCAUUUAUUGUACCGGAUACACCGAAGAAUCAAUUUAUGAAAAUUUCCCAAAGAAAUAUAGAUAUUUAGGUAGCAUAUUUUUUCGUCUCUACCGGCUUGUUUUGUUAUGCGGUGAAUGCCAUUGGCAGCCAUUGCAUUGAUUGCCAACGUGAAAGGUAGUGUAGUCUGGUUGCUUGUCAAUCACACCUGCAUUUUGAUAAGUAAGGAUCUAAAGUACAUCUAAUUAAUUACAUUGAAAAUGUCUGAGCACAAAGUUAUAUUAGUCACUGGGGGAACUGGCUUGGUUGGCAAAGGUAUUGAAGCUGCUAUUGAGCAGGAAGGGAAGAGACCCAAUGAAGAAUGGCACUUUGUGUCUUCGAAAGAUGCUGACCUCACAGAUCGCAAUGCCACUGAAGCACUAUUUGAAAGAAUCAAACCUACUCAUGUUAUUCAUUUGGCAGCCAUGGUUGGUGGUCUGUUCAGGAAUCUUAAAUAUAAUCUUGACUUUUUUAGAAUCAAUUCCAAAAUCAAUGACAAUGUACUGAGUAUCAGCCAUGAAUAUGAUGUUCAGAAAGUCGUCUCCUGUCUGUCCACUUGUAUUUUCCCAGACAAAACAACCUAUCCUAUAGAUGAGACUAUGGUACAUAAUGGUGCACCCCAUGACAGUAACUUUGGAUAUUCCUUUGCUAAAAGGAUGAUUGAUGUCCAAAACAAAGGUUACCAUGUGCAGCAUGGUCGCAAAUUUACAUCUGUUAUUCCAACCAAUGUAUAUGGACCACAUGACAACUUUAACCUGGAAGAUGGGCAUGUUUUACCAGGUCUUAUUCGUAAAGUUUAUGAGGCUAAAGAAAACAAUACACCUUUUGUAAUAUGGGGAACAGGCUCACCGCGUCGACAAUUUAUCUAUUCUUUGGACCUGGGCCGCCUUUUCUUGUGGGUAUUAAGAGAAUAUGAGGAAGUGUCACCAAUUAUUCUGUCAGUUGGAGAAGAGGAUGAGGUAUCCAUAAAAGAGGCAGCAGAUUUGGUGGUGGAGGCCAUGGAUUUUACUGGAGAAGUUAUUCAAGAUACCACUAAAUCAGAUGGUCAGUUUAAAAAAACAGCAAGCAAUGCCAAACUGAGAAGCUAUUUGCCUGAUUUCAAGUUUACUCCAAUACGUCAAGCUAUCAAAGAAACUUGUGAUUGGUAUGUUGCAAACAGAGAUGCUGCCCGCCAUUAACAGAUCAUGCUCCCCAUAGGUCCACACUGAAUCCAUAUUUGUGACACGCAUCUUUUGGGGUUUUGAUUUUUUUUUUUUCAUGAUCAACUAUUUAUAUUGUAUCACAUAUAUCAUUUUAAAACUGCUUUUGUAAGGGGCACAGCAAUCUCAGUCUUGUUACUUUAAAGCACCAUGAAGUACUCUGAAAUGAAUCAUAGAACUUGACAAGCGUUUAUCUAAUGUUUCUUUUUUUUCUUUUUAAAUAAAUAUGCUUACAUCAUAUUUUGAUUUUUUUGCUGUUUCAAAAACAUAGACACUAUUCAAUUUGUUUCUUUUAGAUUUUAUUUUGGAUCAUUCACAUCAGCGUAACUUUAAAAAACUGUAUGUUUACCAUUUUACUGUAUUGGUGUGCCUUUUAAAUUAUGCUUUUGCUAUGAACAAAUAUAAUCUACAACUAUAUAAAAAAAGGACAUAAAUUGUGCUGUUGUGUUCAUUCAAAUGAAUCACAUAUUAUUUUAUUUCAUUAUUCUUAUAAUUUCUUAACAUCAUGGCUCAUUCUACAGUAUAUAAACUAGAAAACUGCCUUCCCUUGGCUUCAGUCUGAAAACUCAAAUAUGAGAAAUCCAUUGUGAAGUGUUUUAUACUUACAGCCCAUCAUUGGGAGUAUGUGCUGCCAACCUUAGACCUCCAUAGUCCCCUGUGUCUGCAUCUACUUUCUGUUGCCAGGUGGUUUUAUGAUGUCCUCUUUUUCUCUUGCCUAGUGGGUGCCACUUUAUUGCCUGCCUUGUAAUGCUAGUUGAUGCUUUGUGCAAAAUGUGCCCAAUCCAACCCAAUCUUCUCUUUCUGAUUUCUUCUUUUAUGGGAGAUUGGUUAGUUCUUUGCAGGAGGUCAGUGUUGCUGAAGUCUUAUAUAUUUUUAUAUAUUUAUUAUAUAUAUAUAAUUAAAGAAAACAAUGCUUCAUUACUACUAAACCUAUUACAUCACUUUAUAAUAGCCUUUAUUUUAAGAAUCAAUAUUUUAGCGGUAAAAUAUGUAAUUCAACACAUCUCAUAAUGUUCCAUUCCAUUUUAUUCUUAAUCUCACUAGCAGAAGUGUGUGUGUGUGUGUCUGCUCUCUAGUACAAUAACCAGUCUCUUUUGUUUUUCAUAUACCAUCACUUUUUUUUUCUUUUUUGUUACAACUAAUUGUCCAACCUUAAAAUGUUCAUUUGCUCAAUUGUUUUUUUUUAAAGGCUGUAAAACAGAAUUUGAUGUCAUCAUUUCAUGAUAUUAUGAUUUUGUACUUGUAAGUUAGUAGUUUUUUGUUUUUUUUUUCAAAUGCAUAGAGGGAUUGUUCUUUUCAUUAUGUGGGAUUGUGAAAUUGGAAAUAUGUUUUCUGAGGGCAAUAUAAACAUUUUUUCUUGGUAAUUAAAGUUUGUAAAUCCUUA